UAUUUGUAAAAAUCUUGUUUCAGAUUAAACAUUUAAAUCAUAAUCAGAAACCAAAGAUCAUAGACUGCUUUACUGGGCUGAGUUGUGUUUCUGGUUUUGACAGGAAAGAUCCCCUACUUGAUGUUUUAGAAACUAUGUAAUGCCAUACUCUCCUAACGUUAUAGUCUAUCUCCUUUUUUCCCGAUGGAUGACGGGGACCAUGAGGCAGUGAGCUGCAGCACCAGCACCUCCAGGUGGUCCAGUCCCCGCUGUGACUCUGAUGGGCCUCAGUAUCCAUCGGACCGUGAAGAGGCUGCAGACAGGACUCCAGGUGACCAGCCAUCGGCCAAACUGCAAGGAUCAAAGCUAUCCGGAUGCGCUAAAGGCGAUGCAGGAGGUAAGAAAGGCCGGGAGGUCCGGAAGCAGAAGGUGAAGCAUGAAAUCCCGAAGCUGCCAGCUAUCAGGGCCCCGCAAGGUUCAAAGCCAACCAACCAGUCUGCCAACAUGACCUGCGUCUGGUUUCUGAAGAGCCAGGUUUGGGAUCUGCAGCAGCAGCUGAGUGAGGCCAGGACAGAGAACAAGCUGCUGAAGAAAGCCCAGCAUCGCCACACGGUGGCGCAGCAGCACCUCAGAGACCCAGAGGACAGCAUCUCCCAGAUUUUAGCCAAGCACAACAACGAAACCAGAGCUCUUCAGGGCUUGCUCCGUGAGACCCGCCUGUGCCGGGACAACCUGUCCAGGCAGCUGCAGGCCAUGGAGAGAAAGCUGACCGUGACGAAGGACUCUCUGCAGCACCUCCAGCAGCUCAGCCAGGACCGCAGUCUGCUGGAGAGGGAGGAGCUCACCCUGAGGCUGGCAAGGGCCACCACACAGCUGGAGGACAAGGACAGGAGGAUACAGAACUUAGAGAGGACCCUGGAGUUGCACAGGGAGUCGUUCAGACGCCAAAUAGACUCAGAACAAAGAAAGAUCAGAGAGGCAAGAAACACAUCCAGUUCUCUGCAGCAGCACAUCCAUCAGCUGAACAGGGAACUCCAGCUCAAAGAAAAACAAGUGCAGAAACAUAACAUUUACUACCACCGGAUUGUUAAAGGACCCAGCAAAAAAGGUACAGAAACCAAGCUGGUGCAGACGGAUGAAUUGGUCCAUACGCCACAAGGUCUUUUGGAGGGAAAUGUUUUGGCACGUAGGGAGAGUCUAGAUCAGGAGAGCUCCCAUCCUGAGCGCGGGUCUUCGCUUACUGAGGAUCCCGAGAGAAAGCUGUCUGAAGACAACAGUUUACAGGAUGACCAGCCAGAGGACGAGUCACUGAGGGGUAGCGGGUUUUUCGACGAAAACACAAACGGGAAAAGCUAUUUGGAAGAAAGUCCAGAGGAGAGUCCAGAGCAGAGCCGAGGACACCAGGCAGACACCGAGGCUUCUCAAGCUUAAAAGCGCUUAGAAAGAGGAGGAAACCGGCUAUAUGAGAGUGGCCAGCAGUUUGGAAACAGUUCUGAAUGCAACAAACAAAACAGACACUUCUAUAAAACGAACUGAUUAAGCUACACGCCUCAGCAGUCGGUUCAGAAAUGGCAGUGAAAUAAUUACAGCAGCAGCUUCUCAGCACCAUGAGCACCUGAGGGCAGAUCCUCAGCAGUGACUCCCAACCUUGGAACUGAGCACCUGUAGCGCCUUGCUGCCAUUUGUCUGUGGACAACCCUGUAAAUAAAUUACACUGCGGUGAGGAAAGCAUUGUUCUUUUUU